UACAUUUAAAGUGAAAUGCUGUGUAAAUAGACAGACUGUACGCGGAGCCGGAAUACUUUAAAUAUAUGAAUAAGCUUGUUUAUUGUUAUGUUAUGGAUCAGGAUGUUACACGUGUAUUGACAGAAAGUCAACAUCUGGGACAAGGAUAUUUCAAAAAAAAGAACGAGAUUUGAAAAAAGGUAUCAUUCAGUCAUCAAUAGUCAUAGAAUUUUGAGAACUAAAUAUUAGUUCUUGAAUUCCUUUCAAAUAUGAAGAAAGAGAAGCAAGAAAAUGAUGUUUCAGAAGAGAAAGCUCAAAGUAAACUUGCCAAAGGACAGGAAAACAAAAGACUAUUUGUACUGUUCUUUUCACUUGUCCUAGACCUUUUAUCUUUCACCUUAAUUUUGCCAUUGUUACCCUCAUUGUUGGACUAUUACGGUGAACAUGACAAGGGAGGACUUUAUAAAAUUAUAAAGGAUUCUGUAACAGGAUUUAGAGACUUUGUUGGAGCACCAGAUAAUCCUAGAUGGAAUUCUGUACUCUUUGGAGGUGUCAUUGGAAGUCUUUUUUCCUUCCUUCAGUUUUUAGCAUCACCUUUAGUCGGUGCAACAUCAGAUGUGUAUGGAAGAAAGCCUGUUUUAUUGCUAUCUUUGGCAGGUGUUGCAGGAUCUUAUGCAUUGUGGGCUGUAUCACACAACUUUACAUUGUUUGUUAUAGCUAGAAUUAUAGGAGGAUUAAGUAAAGGGAACGUCAGUCUAUCCACUGCUAUUGUUGCUGAUAUUUUACCCCAAGAAAAACGUGGCAAAGGAAUGGCUUUAAUUGGUGUAGCCUUUUCCAUUGGUUUUGUAUUUGGACCAUUAAUAGGAGCAGGAUUCUCAAUAUGGGCCAGACAUCAACAUGGUGCAUUUUACACAGUGCCAGCUCUCUUUGCUUUAUCUUUAGCUGUGAUUGAUAUUUUAUUUGUCUUCAUAUUUUUUCAAGAAACACUGCCAGUUGAAAAAAGGGCAAAAUCUAUAGCCAAUGGAUGGCAAGAAAAAGCACAUUUGAUUAACCCAGUUUCAUUGUUCAAGUUUUCAUCUGUAACAAAUAUGUCACAAAAAGAUAAUCAAACAAUGCAGAGAAUUGGUGUAAUAUACUUCCUGUACCUUUUUUUUUACUCUGGACUAGAAUUUACAUUGACAUUCCUUACUCAUAACAGAUUACAUUAUGAUAGUAUGCAGCAGGGGAAGAUGUUUUUCUUUAUAGGAGCUGUGAUGACGUUUGUUCAAGGUGGUUAUGUAAGAAAAAUCAAGUCUGGAACAGAAGUCAGAACUGCAACAAUGGGAAUGACUUUACUUAUACCAGCCUUUAUUAUUAUGGCUUUUGCAUACACAGCAAGUAUCAUGUACACUGGCCUUUUUCUCUUUGCUUUUGCAUCAGCAACAGUAGUGCCCUGUUUAACAACUUUGAUCUCACAGUUUGGCGGAACUGACCAAAAAGGUGUCAUCAUGGGCGUAUUUAGAUCCCUUGGAGCUUUAGCUAGAGCAUUAGGACCAUUUAUAACAUCAACUAUCUACUGGAGUUUGGGGGAAAAGGUUUGUUACAUUUUUGGUGCAGUUUGUCUUCUGUUCCCGCUGCUUAUGUUGAGGAUGGUUAUGACCACAACAAAGAAGAAUGUAUGAUAGGAGAAUAUGAAACUUAUAACAUCUAUCAUGUCUAUGCAACAAAAAGCCUUGUGAUAUUUUUAAAGAAAAAUAUAAUUUUAUGAAUAACUGUAAUAUAAAUGUUAAUUUUUAGCUCACCUGUCCUAAAAGACCAGGUGAGCUUUUGCCAUUCCUUUGUGUCGGUUGUCUGUCCAUCACCCUGUGUAAACUUUUUCAAAGAUUUUCUCCUCUGAUAUGACUGGACCAAUUUCAAACAAACUUGGGCUGAUUGAUCCUUUGGGUAUAUUGUAUAAAGUUUUCAGUUUUCAUUCUUGUCCAUCAAGAAACAUGACCGUCAUGCCUAAAAAUAAAACAUAGGGUAAAAUGAUUUUUUUGACUAAUAUCUCAAAAACUUAAGCAGUUAGAGUUUAUCUGACAGGGCGAAAAUUAUUAGCAGGUCAAACCACAUCUCCUGUAGAAUUUUGAAAAAUAUAACAGAUAGAAAGAAAUUUUGAACAGUAAAAAUGACCAGAACAAUAAGAUCUACAAAUAAGUCAACUUAAGGCAACAAUAAGGCGGAAAAUAUCAAAAGACACCUUGUAGGAGUUGUUGCUUUUAAAUGAUAGUUUAAACCCUUUUGCAUUUAUAGGGGAAACUAUAGUUGAUAGAGAGAAUUAUUUAAUAGAAAAAAUGUUCAACAAAAUAUGACAUACAAAAAGGUUGCAACUUAAAUUUUCGAGGUAAAAUUAUCGAAAUAUACCUUAUUAAGCUAAGUACAACCCAUGCUUUACAAAUAUUAAGGGGGGGGGGGGGGGGGGGCGCAAGCCCCCGCCUGAAUCCGUCCCUGUCAAUGGACCCCUUAUAGGAGUUAUUGUCAUUGACUUUAAUAAAUAAUCAUAAAUUGUGAACAGUAGAAUAUGAUCAUCAGUACAAGACCUACAAAAAUGCCACAAAAUAAGAUCUACAAAUAAUCAAACAUAACUAAUUGUAAUAAAGAAAGAAAAAAUAUCAAAAUGGCAUAUCUUUUACAAGGUGAGCGAAUCAGGUACUUGGGAACCUCUUGUUUUUUUUAGUACAUUUAUAAAAGUAUUUUUUACAUAAUAUUUCACAAAAUUUACUUGGUACAUAAAGUGUUCUUGGGAGAUAACUUGUAUCUAUAUAAUGAAAAUAAAAUGUUCUUGAAUAUUACUUAAUUAUUAAACAUAGAAGGAUA